AUUUUAUAUCAAUAUUUAGAGCCGUAACAGUUAACAAAGCAGACAGAAGAACCCAUGGAUUCAAAUGAUAAGACAGAGGAUGAUGGGAAGCCUAAGCAACCGAGCCCGGCGGUCUUGGAGGUGUUCCUGCCCUGGGCCUGUGCCCAGCUGCAGGUCAAAGACUCGGUGGUUGUCACCAAGAUUGUACAGACUGAUUACGUGAGCGUGGUCGGCCUCAGCGACCGAUCGAAGAAGAAGGCCAAAAGUAAAGUAUCCAAAGUGGAGCUAACCCUGGACAUGGACAAAGAUGACAGAAGCUGCACCACAAUGCGCAUGUCUGUGGCCUCAGAAAUAGAACCGGGCAUCCAGAUUUUCGCUUUCUACGACUCAGUCGACAACUUGGUUCAGCUGCGAUACGACAAAAACCGCCAUCUCCCUAGAAUAAUAUUUAAAAUUCUUGGAAUGAUCAUCCAAUUUCAUCCCUAUCUCCACACGAUUACAAUUAAUUCUGGCAUUGAUCAAACUGGAAUUUACGAAAUCAGCAAAUUCUUACCUUUAUCCCACAUCACUGACCUUUGCUUAGACGGCACGUUUAUAGAAGAAAGCAACUACCAUAUUCUUCUAGAGAAUGUCAACUGCCUUCGUCACCUGUCGCUGGCUAGAUGUAGUGUUAACGACGAAGUUCUUGAACAAAUUGCUUCAUGCUUAAGCUACCCUUUACCAGCUUCUAGAACCUUAUCAAUACUAAAUCUAUCUUCCAACAAAAUCACAGAUUUGGGAGCCAAACAUCUGUCAGAAGCUUUAAGAUCCAAUCGACAGAUGAGCUAUUUGAAUCUAUCUGGUAAUAUGCUCACAGACUCCGGAGCUGGUUACUUGUUUAAUACAUUAUUGAAGUUUCCAUUAUCAUUUGCGGAGUUAUUAGCAUCAAGGUCGCGGCACAUGACCUACUUGAUGCAGAAGAAUGCAUUGGUAAUGCAAAAAGUUAAAGAACUCCGCGCUGGUGAUUUCGAGAAGCGAGCCGCUAGGAGAAAAACAGCUGUGAAGCCAAUUUCUACACCUAAAAAGGACAAGAAAGGUGUUGAAAAGGAGCCUUCUUUAAGGUCGUUUUCAGAGUCGAAAAGUUAUGGGAACUUCGAAGCUGUGUUCAUUGAAAAAGCUACGCAAAUGGCUGAAGCUGUGCUAGGAGAGUUCCAUGAUCCUUUCGAUGGGCAAAGUACUGUUAUAUCUGAGGGUGUAGUGUACAGUCAGGGUAACAAUACUUUGUGCUACCUGAACUUGUCGUUCAACAACUUGAGUUACGUGUCGCUUACAAAGCUGUUGAAGGUGUUGACUUAUCAGAAGGAGUCUGGGAGGAAGCCAAGAGGUCUGGUCAAUAUUUCUAUUGAAGGUAACUUGAUGCCGGUGAUGUGUAGGGAAUUACAGUUGAUAGAUGACAUGCUUGACACAGGUCUAAUGCUACAAACCAGGAGGUACUCCUUGCCAAAGAAAAGAACCCAAUCCAAAGUCGGCACGAAGUUUUGA